UCGAGCGCACGCACUUAGGUAGCUCUACACAAAAUAAGUUCUUUACUCAUAAGUUAUUUUAUUAUUUAUUGCCGGUAUAGUUUUACUUUUAUACAAUUUUUUUUAGUAUAAGUUAGAACUUUUAAGUAUAAGUGAUAUUUUUUAGUGUAAUUAGAAUUCUUCCCUAACUUCGAAGAGUUUAUUUUAUUAGCAAGUGGUUAAACUUUAUUCACAUGAGAGUUUUUAUAGUUCUAUAAAUUAAUGAUUUUACCGAGGUAGAGUGCAUUAAAUAGAUUUUUUAGAGUAGAUAACCGAUUGAGCAGUAACAAUAAUUACUUAAGUUACUAAAAACUAGUGUGAGACUCUGAUAGCAAGAAAUGGUGCGACUUUUGAUUGUUUUGUGUGUUUGUGUAUUUCAAUUUGUGUUUACUCAAUUUGUGCCUGAAGACCAAUGUGAAACAGUGGACAAGACCCUUGGGUCCUGUCUUAACAUAAAGUUGUGUGAGCCGUACUUAAAAGUUUUGGAAAAUUUCGGUUCCAGACCAGAAGUCCAAGACUUUCUGAGGAAAACAACCUGUGGCUUCGAAGGCACUACUCCUAAGGUAUGCUGUCCUCGGAAAUUUCUGCUACCGACCACUACCAACCCCUUGCGACCACCGACCACUACCAACCCCUUGCGACCCCCGACCACUACCAACCCCUUGCAGCCUGCCACAGCCACCUUAGCUCCAGGGCGGAGCAUAGCCAAGUCUCUACCAACAAAUGAUGAUUACAUCUCGGCGUUCCCUUCUCCACCGGAAUGCGGCAUCAGCAAGGCUAGUUUUGGAAGAAUAGUUGGUGGGGUGGACGCUAAACUUGGUGACCUACCAUGGAUGGCGCUGCUAGGCUACGAGGUUAGGUCAUCUCCCACAAGCUGGCUGUGCGGCGGAUCUCUGCUCAGCCGCCAUCACGUCAUCACCGCCGCGCACUGCAUACACAAUCAGGAGACUGCCUUGUACGUGGUUCGCCUGGGAGAGCUAGACCUCGCUCGGGAAGACGAAGGCGCUACCCCGGUGGAUAUCCUAAUCAAGAGCAUGACAAAGCAUGAGCGAUACGAUCCCAAGUCGUAUGAAAAUGACAUCGGUUUGCUGAUGCUGCAAAACGACGUGCAGUAUUCCGAAUUGAUUAAGCCGAUUUGUAUCCCCGCGGCCAGCAGACUGCGGUCUGAGGACUUCAUCGACUGGAUGCCUCUAGUUGCUGGGUGGGGCAAGUUGAGCGCCCGUGGGGCAAAAGCGACACACCUACAAGUAUUGCAGCUACCAGUAUUAUCAAACAACGUGUGCCUGCAAAGCUACUCGCAGUACGAGGACCAAGUGAUCGACGAGCGAGUCAUCUGCGCGGGAUACACCACGGGCGGGAAGGACUCCUGCAGCGGCGACAGCGGCGGCCCUUUGAUGCAACCCAUCCCUGUUAACCUGACAUCAAUCUACUAUCAAAUCGGAGUCGUAUCGUUUGGACCACGAGACUGUGCGAGGCCCGGCUUGCCCGGCAUCUACACCAGGGUCACCAGCUUCAUACCUUGGCUGCAAAGAUAUGUGCUAGGAUCUCCUUAACCACGCUUCAAACUCAAGCCACAGAUGUAUUAGCACUGAUCAAGCUAGAUAGAUAAUGCACUAAAAAUCGGUCAAGUGCAAGUUUCUUUUGCCACGGCCAGACUAGA